AUGGCGAGGCACUUCUGGGAGGCGUCUUUUGGAACGGAAGUUUUCACGAGCAUUGCAUAUUCAGAGAUAUCGUCGUGGUCUGAUGGCAGCCCCGUCGACUAUAGCUAUUACGUCUGGAGGCAACACGAUGGUGUGCUGCUGACAUGUGCACAUGAUGGCGGCUCGGGCUGCGGUCACUGCUACAAUGGGGAUUGGUAUGGGCCAGGAUAUGGUACGGAUAGCAGCGAGCCCUCAUCGUUCAUCUGCAAGACGCGGCCUUGGGGACAC